AUGCCGCCCCAACAAUAUAUGCCGUCACCUCCAACGAGCACCGCACCAAACGCUCCUCCACCCCAGCCCCAGCAACCUGCAAGACCGAAGAUAGUCUGGUCUGCAGAGGUCCGUGACUAUGUCAACCGUUCAUUUGCGAAAGCCGCAGAAAUUCGAGAUGUCUCCAAAGAGCAGAUUGAAGCAAAACUCAAAGAAAUCAUCACUGAUGCAACUCAGAAUGGCAAGUUGGAUACUACCAAUUGGAAGGAGCUGCCGCUGCCUCAGCAAAUGAUUCGAGAUGAACGCAAUCGUGCUCUUCUUGCCCCUAUAACCCCUCCAUGUUAUGUUCCUCCUGUACCUGUUCCAGCCGCUUCCACCGCUUCUUACCACACUCAACCGGAUGUCCCACGUAAGCGCAAAUCCACGGAGCUUUCGGCAGAUGCCGAGGUUUCUGCACCGCAACCACCCUGGAGAACGAACGGACGAUCUUCCGGACCUCUGGCUGACCGUGUUUCCUUCAACGCACCCGAAAAGCGCCCCAAACUCGACAUGAAUAAAUCCGUAAGUAAAACCCACGCAAGCCUAGAAUCUCGCAGGCGGCGGUUCGAGGAGUCACGCGCGGGAUCAGACUCUCCACGCACGCAAGAGUCAUCUCGGGUUGCCUCACCGGAGCCGAGAAUGACUGGACCUAUUGUCGGCCGAUCGCAAAAGCUCGAGAAGAACUAUUUCAGAUUAACGUCAGCACCCAACCCUGAUGACGUACGGCCUUUGGAUGUACUUCGGAAAACUCUGGAAUUACUUAAGAAGAAGUGGCGCACCGAGGGCAACUACGUCUAUAUUUGUGACCAAUUCAAGUCACUCCGGCAAGAUUUGACGGUCCAGCAUAUCAAGAACGAGUUCACCACCAGCGUCUACGAGUACCAUGCUCGCAUUGCUUUGGAGAAGGGUGACCUGGGUGAGUAUAACCAGUGUCAAACGCAGCUGCGGGCGUUGUAUAAACAGAAUCUUGGUGGUCACCCUGUGGAAUUCAAGGCAUAUCGUAUCCUCUAUUUUAUCCACACGUGCAACCAGACUGACAUGAAUGACGUACUUUCUGAUCUAACACCAGCAGACAAGAAAGAACCUGCAAUCAAGCAUGCCCUCGAAGUGCGCUCUGCUCUUGCCCUUGGAAACUACCACAAAUUUUUCAAAUUGUAUCUCACCGUGCCCGACAUGGGGGCAUAUUUGAUGGAUAUGUUUGUAGAACGUGAGCGACUCGCUGCGCUCGCAUGCUUAUGCAAAACGUACAAACCAGACGUUCGAUUGCGCUUCGUCACCGAAGAACUCGGUUUUGAGUCGGACGAAGAAGCCUGUCAGUUCAUCCUUGACCAUGCCCCAGAAGAGUCAUCAAAUCUGCUCGAAGAACGAGACGGCGAUGUUCGCUUCUUGACGGGAAAGGCGGGGAGCAUCUUCCAGGUCGCAAAGACCAGAGCCUUUGGCCAAGUCGACAUCAAGGGACAGAUAUGA